GUAAGAAAAAGAAAAGAGAGAUUUCUAUUUUACCCAACCCAACUGGAGCGAUCUUGGAUAUGCAUACACACUACGCGAUUUAACUCACUGCUCACUCUCGGAUCUCGUUUUUACACCCCUCUCUCUCUCUCUCAUUUCUUCUUGGUGGCGGAAAUGGCGUUAAUGGCGGUUCUGGAGUCAGAUCUCCGUGCACUUUCCGGUGAAGCUCGCCGGAGAUACCCUGCUAUUAAAGACGGAGCUGAGCACGCUAUCUUAAAGCUGCGGUCGUUAUCGAGUCCGGAUGAAAUUGCACAUAAUGAAGAUAUUUUGCGCAUCUUUCUUAUGGCUUGCGAGGUUAAAACUGUCAAGCUUAGUGUCAUUGCAUUGUCUUGUAUGCAGAAGCUUUUGUCACACGAUGCGGUUGCUCCUUCUGCGUUGAAGGAGAUUCUGGAUACUCUUAAAUACCAUGGGGAGAUGUUAGAUGAGAGCGUGCAACUUAAGACUCUGCAAACCAUAUUGAUAAUAUUUCAGUCUCGGCUACAACCAGAUACAGAGGAGCAUAUGGCACUAGCUCUUGGUAUUUGUCUGAGGCUUCUUGAAUAUAACAGAUCUUCCGACAGUGUUCGCAAUACUGCUGCUGCGACUUUUAGACAAGCAGUGGCUUUGAUAUUUGAUCACGUUGUUUCUGCUGAGGCACUUCCUACCGGAAAGUAUGGUUCUGGAGGAUAUAUAUCUCGAAGUAAUUCAGUCACAAGUGACGUUAAUCGCAAUAUUAACCACUUAGAGUCAUUGGAACAAGAAUUUAUAUCUGGGGGGUCACCAAUUAUGAAGAAAACCCUUACAAAAUCUGGAAAUCUUGGGCUGCUGUUACUUGAGGACCUGACAGCUCUUGCUGCAGGUGGAUCUGCAUCUUGGUUACGUAUUACUUCUAUACAGCGGACUUUUGCACUUGAUAUACUCGAGUUUAUUCUGUCUAAUUAUGUUGUAGUAUUCAGAACUUUGCUUCCAUACGAACAGGUCUUGCAUCACCAGAUUUGCUCACUACUCAUGACUUCAAUUCGCACCAACACUGAGCUUGAAGGAGAAGUCGGAGAGCCUUAUUUCCGUCGCUUGGUCUUGCGAUCAGUUGCCCAUAUAAUUAGGCAUUACAGUAAUUCCCUUGUAACUGAAUCUGAGGUAUUUCUUAGUAUGUUAGUGAAGGUCAUAUCUCUAGAUAUGCCACUGUGGCAUCGCAUACUUGUCCUUGAAAUCUUGAGGGGUUUUUGCGUGGAAGCCCGGACUUUAAAAAUUCUUUUCCAAAAUUUUGACAUGAAUCCUAAAAACACAAAUGUAGUAGAGAGUAUGGUGAAAGCUCUUGCUCGUGUCGUGUCAAAUGUACAGUUUCAAGAAACAUGUGAUGAGAGCUUGGCAGCUGUUGCAGGAAUGUUCAGCAGUAAAGCUAAAGGGAUUGAGUGGAGUUUAGACAAUGAUGCAUCGAAUGCUGCUGUGUUGGUAGCAAGUGAAGCCCAUGCAAUAACUUUGGCAAUUGAAGGCUUGUUGGGGGUGGUUUUUACUAUAGCUACUUUGACUGAUGAAGCUGUAGAUGUUGGCGAGCUAGACUCUCCAAGUGAUUGCGAUCCACAUGUGAAGUCUACGGGAAAAGCUGCAGUUCUCUGCAUGUCGAUGGUUGAUUCAACUUGGUUUACCAUUCUUGAUGCUCUGUCUCUCGUAUUGACAAAGUCACAAGGAGAGGCUAUUAUAUUGGAGAUGUUAAAAGCUUAUCAAGCAUUUACUCAGGCAUGCGGGAUGCUUGGUGCUAUAGAACCUUUAAAUUCGUUUUUGGCAUCUCUUUGCAAAUUCACAAUCAAUAUAUCCAAUGAAACUGAAAAGAGGAGUGUGUUGCUUUCUCCCGGGUCAAAGCGGCUAGAAACAUCGGCUGAGCAAAGAGACUCUGUGGUCCUUACUUCAAAAAAUGUGCAGGCACUGAGGACUCUCUUCAAUAUAGCUCAUCGAUUGUACAAUGUGUUGGGCCCUUCAUGGGUGUUGGUUUUGGAGACUCUAGCAGCUCUUGACCGAGCUAUCCAUUCUCCACAUGCAACAACACAGGAGGUCCCUACAUCUGGUGUAAAACUUACCAGAGAAUCAUCUAGCCAAUACAGUGACUUCAAUAUUCUCUCAUCUCUAAACUCCCAACUUUUUGAGAGCUCCGGAAUGAUGCAUGUAUCUGCUGUUAAAUCACUCCUGUCUGCACUACGUCAGUUGUCCUAUCAAUGCAUGCAAGGAACUCUAGGUGGUCCCGGACAAGCAUCAAGUCAAAAAAUUGGAAGCAUCAACUUCUCAGUGGAAAGGAUGAUUUCUAUACUCGUUAGUAAUCUUCACAGGGUGGAGCCUUUAUGGGACGAUGUUGUUGCGCAUUUCCUUGAGCUUAGUAAUAGUACCAAUCAGCAUUUGCGUAAUUUGGCGCUACAAGCGCUAGAUCAAUCGAUUUGUGCUGUUUUAGGUUCAGAUGAAUUUCAGAACAAUGGGUCUGCUGGACUUCGUGUCCCAUCUAGGAAGAUAAUAACAAUGCCUUCUGAAUUGGGUUCACUGGAGUGCUCUGUCAUUUCUCCAUUAAGGGUCCUGUACUUUUCAACUCAAAACCCUGAUGUUCGUUCUGGAUCUUUGAAAAUACUGCUGCAUGUGUUAGAGAGACAUGGAGAGAAGUUGUAUUUCAGCUGGAAUAGUAUUCUUGAAAUGCUAAGGUCUGUGGCUGAUGUACCGGAGAAGGAGCUGGUCACCCUUGGGUUCCAGAGUUUACGUGUAAUCAUGAAUGAUGGUCUCUCAACUAUUCCAGCUGAUUGCCUCCAAGUAUGCAUUGAUGUUACUGGGGCAUAUAGUGCACAAAAAACUGAGUUGAAUAUAAGUUUGACUGCCAUAGGAAUUUUGUGGACAUCUACUGAUUUUAUUGCGAAGGACCUUUUAUACCAGCCAAUAGAGGACAUAGUGCUUCAAGAUGUGCAUGUAAAUACCCAGCUAAUAAAUAACAAGAAGGAGGAUAUAGUUGAUCAUGAUAAGCUGCUAUUCUCAGUGUUCUCAUUGCUACAUAAUUUGGGGGCAGAUGAGAGGCCAGAGGUUAGAAACUCUGCUGUCCGUACACUUUUCCAGACACUUGGAAGUCAUGGGCAAAAGCUUUCCAAGAGUAUGUGGGAGGAUUGUCUCUGGAAUUAUGUUUUUCCUACACUUGAUCGUGCUUCACACAUGGCUGCAACAUCUUCUAAAGAUGAAUGGCAUGGGAAAGAACUAGGAACUCGAGGUGGAAAAGCUGUACAUAUGCUCAUACAUCACAGUCGUAACACAGCUCAGAAACAGUGGGACGAGACAAUUGUGCUGGUGCUUGGUGGAAUAUCACGACUAUUACGUUCAUUUUUCCCCCUACUUAGAGUUUUAAGAAAUUUUUGGUCUGGAUGGCAAUCUUUGCUUCAUGUUGUUAAGAACAGUAUUCUAUGUGGUAGCAAAGAGGUUGCUCUUGCUGCAAUAAACUGUUUACAGUCAACUAUUCUUUCACAUUCUCCCAAGGGAAAUCUGCCAUUGCCAUACCUUCAAUCGGUACUUGAAGUUUAUGACUCUGUUCUUCAAAAGUCGGCAAACUACAGUGGUGAUGCAGCAAUCAAGGCAAAACAGGAGAUUAUACAUGGUCUUGGCGAAAUAUAUGUACAAGCGCAAGAACUAUUUGAUGGUGGCAUGUAUACACAGUUGCUGGUGGUCAUAGAUUCAGCUAUCACAGAAGCCAACGUUGCUAAUCAGAACUUCGAAGCUGAAUUUGGACAUGUUCCCCCCAUGCAACGAACUGUGUUGGAAAUAUUACCCUUGUUAAGUCCACCUAAGCACCUUUCUCCUAUGUGGUCCCUCUUUCUUCAAAAUUUUUUGCAAUAUCUUCCAAGAUCUGAAUCUCUACUGGAUGAGGGAGAGGAUGCUGAGAAAGGAAACACCACAUCCCAAAGGCCAGACAGUAAAAAGAUUCCCUUAGUUUCCAAUGGCACUGCUUCUGUACCUACAAACAGAUUACAUGAUUCUUCUAGGAGCUCUGUGUCAACUGCAUCUGGGAUUGUGGACAGCUCACAUCAUCUAUUUGCAGAGAAGCUUAUUCCUAGGCUUGUAGAUCUUUUCUUACAGGCUCCAGCUGGAGAGAAGUAUAGUAUAUAUCCUGAUAUUAUUCAGAGUCUAAGAAGAUGCAUGACAACAAGACGAGACAAUCCUGAUGGUGCACUUUGGCGAUCAGCAGUUGAAGGUUUCAAUCGUAUACUGAUUGAUGAUGUCAGCAACUUACCAAGCUGUGGACCUGACCUAGCAACUCAUAGACCUGCAAGAAUACGAAUGUGGAAAGAAGUUGCCGAUGUUUAUGAGAUAUUCCUAGUUGGUUAUUGUGGUCGUGCCCUUGCUAGUGAAUCCCUCUCUGCAGCAUCACUAAAAGCGGAUGAGUUGACUGAGAUGAAUAUCUUAGACAUUUUGGGUGACAAAUUACUCAAGUCAGAGCUAGAUGCGCCACACAAUAUUUUACAACGUCUGGUAAAUACCCUGGAUCGCUGUGCAUCACGUACAUGUUCCUUGCCGGUUGACUUGGUAGAACGCAUUCCAUUACACUGCGGCAGGUUCUCGUUGGCUUGCUUGCAUAAGUUAUUUACAUUAAGCAGUUUUAACUACGAAGCAACUGAAUGGAAUGCCACUAGCUCUGAAGUUAGCAAGAUUUCUGUAAUGAUUCUCAUGAUGAGAUGUGAGUACAUAGUAAAAAGGUUUCUGGCAGACGAGAUUGAUCUAGGUGAACGUCAUUUACCGCAAGCAAGAGUUGAGGAAACUACUUUUGUUCUUCAAGAGUUGGCCCGCCUUGUUAUUCAUACAGACACUUCAUCUGUUUUCCCUUUACAUCCAUGCCUAAAGGAAGGACUACUAGAGAAGAACAAUGGAAGGCGUCAACAUUUGUUCGUUCUUUUUCCAUCCUUCUGUGAGCUUGUUGUAUCAAGGGAAGCUAGGGUAAGAGAGCUAGUUCAAGUAUUACUUAGGUUGAUCACAGGAGAAUUGGCACUGGAUAAGAUUACUUUAAGCAGUUAAUUACAGAACAAUGUAGAUGUACUUGUACAUUCCCUUUACAUGCUGAAUCUCUUUCUUGCCCACCAGUUUUCAGUCAUACGUCGUAGAGUUAUCUGUACAUCAAUCCAAAGUGUAAAAUUAUCUUCUUUGUAUUUAAUUUUUCUGUUUCUUCUUUCCCAUAUUUGUAUCUUUUAGUCCCCACACUUUCCACAGCCUUUUCUGUUUCUGUAAGCUCGUUAUUUAGGGUGCAGGAAAAUGUGUACAGCUGUUAUAUCAGUUAAUGCAAAACUGUGUUCUAUAUAUUUGUGAAGGAGUUGAAUAAGAAUUAUUGAUUUAUGA